CCUUCCAAACUUACGAAAAUAAUCACACAUUGGACGUGCAAUCAAACGCCAAAAAUACACAAAUAUUCUGUGUUUAUUGAUUUUAUUUGCUACAUCCGCGAGUUCGGAAGAGUUCGUGAAACACCGCCUGCGCAGAAGCUAACUUUGAAAAACGUGUGUACUGUAUUUGUAUUGAAUGAAAGAAAAUAGUUUUGUUUGAACCAUAAAAAAAAUAUAUUUCCAAUUCCCCUCUAUGGUUUAACUAGCAACAAGUCAAAAGAUAAAAAAAAUAAUAAUAAUCUCAACCAUCUGCAUAAUAUUAUCUGAAUGAAUUGAUGGAAUAUACGAUGGUGAUGGGAAUUAUGAUGCAUGGUGACAUUCAAUGGACUAUAAUGAAUAUUAUUGUUUUAACACAAAUUAUAAAAAAAAUAAGUCGAAAGAUACACAUUCUAAACUAUCAGAGUUGCAGGGUGUAGGGAAUGUGAAUGAUCAAAUUGAAGUGAGAAAACAUAGGCAUAACAUAUCAUUUUUAAUUGGUAUUUUAAUUGGCAUUUAAUUUUAAUUGGUAUUGGAGCAGUAUACUUGAUUGAGCAAAUUAUUUAGCAGAUAAUGUGGAGACUAACAUCAAGUAGUUCUAAUAUUCAAAUACAGUGUGUCCCAAAAUAAAUAAAACCCAUUAAUUUGAUUACCAAUUUUGUGGGUUCCAUUCAUUUUGAGACACCCUGUAUAUUGAUUGAUUAGUACCAGGAAAAAUUAUGAAAGAUCUUAUCCAUUAGGUCUUACCUUCAGAUACAGUGAUACUUAUAUACAAACAUAUUAUUUUUAUCCAUGCUUGGUAAGAAUAAAUAUUUUCAAUUUCAAGUGCUAUUUUGGAUUUUAAUUGCUUAGCCUAUAUACAAUUGUCAGUCAUAGUUUGUAGGAUGUCUGGCUUGAGCUGACUUUUGUAAUGAAAAAUUGUGUAAUAUCCAGAUUGUGCCGGUGGUAUAAAAUACUGCAUUUUUAUCAAUGUUACAACAGUUUGAUUGAAUUUUAUUUUUUACACUAUAAAAUUAAAUCAGGUGAAUUUGAUGUCACUAAAAGCCAAGCUAGAUGCUGUGCCUGAUGUCGAAAUAGAUUGUUUCGGUACAUUCAAGUAUAUCCAGAUUAGAGUACAUACUGAAGGUGAUGACAACAAAAUUAUAAUUCGUGGUAAUUGUAACGCUGAUUAUCACUCAGAUAUUUUUGAGGAAGUAGGACCUGGAAUUGACGCUCUUGGUCUUGAUGCUUCACCUAUAGCUGGGGGAAGGAUUCGUCACGAACCAGAUGAAAAAAUUCUGAAAGUUUAUGGAUAUUCAAUGGGAUAUGGAAAAGCAGAUCAUAGUUUGACAAAGACAAUUUUGCAAAAGAAAUACCCAGACUAUAAAAUUGAAAUAUCUGAUAAAGGAUAUUAAAAACUAUUUAAAAGUUUAACUGUUGCAUGCUGCGUGAAUCAUGAAUAUAAUAUUGCUCA